UUCUCUAAUAGAAAAAUAAAAUAAAAUUGAGAACCAGGCAAUCUCUUUUAGCUAAUGGAAGAGGAAGGCAACAUUGCAUAAAAAAUAUACAGUCAGAAACUGAUGGAAAAAUUCUGCCUGAAAAACUCUUCAGCCUCACAAUUAAUACCCUUAGUUUUGUUUCCCAUCUAUAGGAUCUUGUAGUUUUGUUUCCCAUCCAUGGGAUCUUGUGCACAAAAACUAACAGGGGAGCCUGCCUUGGCACACAAAAAGAAGAAAGACAGCCUUUUCAUCAUGGAAAAAUUUUGCAUGAUGCUGGUUCAUGAACGGAAACACAUCUUGAAUCAUACUGUGCCAAGAACAGUGCUUGAUCAACUAAGCUUCUCUCUUUCUCCCAUGUUUUUGUACGGAAGUUGCACCUAAACUCUAGUCUUAAAGUAUUUAGUACUAUAUCAGGACUAACAAUUUCCUAUCUCAUCAUGUCCCGGAAGUACACUGCGUAUUAGUAAUCUCUCAUAAAGAAUUAAGAUUUAGCGAAUUCGGGAUAAUACGGAAGUAACUGAAAUGUUGGCUUGGGAUAGGGGAUUGAGAAGAUCAUAUCUGCAAAAUCCACCUUCAUCAAUCCUUGAAAGUAGCCAACCACUAUAGGAGGACGAGAAUUUCCUUUCAUUAUAAUAAGUCAUGAGCAAGUUUAUUUGAUAAAAUUCUGUUGCUUUGUAUCUUUUGUUUGAAAAGAACUUUGAAGUCAAGAUUAGUGGUGAAGAUUGGUUGCUGCUACAAUUUUUUUUUUCUUGACAACUGAUCUCCAUGAGACAAACAUUAUGGCAAGAAAGGAGGUCGAAAGAAUUCAUGCUCGGUUGCUUGAAGAUAACUCCAGUAUCUCUUAGAGGAGAUCACACCAUAAUCUUGAUGUUUGUGUAGGGGUCGUGGUAAAUGUGAUGGCUAUUGGGUUUGGCAGAGAAAGAAAGUUUAGAAUUCCAAGCUCUUUUCUGGCUUGCCUUUGCAGCAGGACAUUCUGAUAUCAAUAUUCGCAUGGACCAUCUCCGGAUAUGUUCUCUCAUGGUCUUUUUGUCCCCCUGCCUUUAUUUUGCUGGUCUUCUUCCGAUGAUGCAUGUUCUAUAAAGAUCUGGAUUCUAAUGCUAUGAAUUUCAAAAAUCUCCUGAAGAUAUGGAACCUGAACGAUUUCAGUGGAGUCAUGGGAGUCUUCAACUGCCAGGGAGCUGGAUGGUGCAGGGUUGGAAAGACAAACCUUGUCCAUGACGAAAAGCCUGGCACGAUCACCGGUUCUGUUAGGGCUAAAGAUGUUGAUUAUCUCGUAGAGUUGCUAGCGACGGAUGAACAGGCAAUAACAUAUUUUAUUCUCAUGUUGCUGUUCACUGCUCAUGUAUUUCUUUCACACAGCUAAAUUCACAAUUAGUUAAGCAUUGUUUUGAUGAAAUCAAGGUUUUCCUUGGCAAGUUUCUCCAGUGUCAAUUCCAGGAGUAGUUUACCUUCCAAAGGAUGCAGCUAUGCCACUUACAUUGAAGUCUCGAGAAUACGACGAAGUUUUCACAGUGGUUCCUGUAAAAGAGCUGUCCAAUGGGGUUGAAUUUGCUCCCAUAGAUAGGUCUAACCAAGAUGUUUAAUUCUGGAGGGGCAAUCAAGGAGGUGCAAUAUGAUUCCAGCACAACUGCGGUGUGUUUGGAGUAUAUUCAUCUUCCCAAUCCAAGAGAAUAUGCUCCAGAGGAACUUGCUUGGUCACCAUUGAUUUAAGAGUUCCAGAGGAAGAGUUGUAACUUUGGGACAUAAAAGUGGAAGUAUAGAGACUAUAGAAGAUCUGUAUUUGUAGCAUCAGAGGAAAUUGUUUCGAGCCCAUCUUUUCUUCAUAGCUCCUGCAUAAAGGGCUUCUCUAGAUCUGUACAACGCAUUGAAAGGCAAAUUGCCUUUGUGUGUGUGUGUGUGUGUGUGUGUGUGUCUAUAUAUAUAUAUAUAUAUAUAUAUAUAUAUAUAUAUAUAUAUAUAUAUAUAUCUUUGCUGAUAGCUUGGGAAUAAAUCAGAUAAAAGAUCAUCAUUUCCCACCACUCUCAUGUAAACUUGUCCUUGACAAUUUACAUGGAAAAUUUGGAUAAUCUGCUUAAGACCUGGAUUAAGAAAGCAAAACAUUCAUGUGCUAUCCAAAUCUUUGAAUUUAUGAAUGCUAUUAACAUUUGCCUAGGAACUCAAACUAUUAAACUUUAACAUAUCAAUAUAUUUGAUUUUAGAUUCUAUGGUCAACAGAUUAUCAUUUAUAUAAAUUUGUUCUCCUAAGUAUAUAAUAUUAAGUUGAUAUGAAGAUAUAUUUUUAAAGUUUUUUUUUAAAAGAUGUUAACCAUGAAACACCCGGUAUCAUUUGUGAAUAUAUAUCCCAGAAAGAAAAACCUCAGUUCCUAAGCUAAAACCCUCACAUCAGCCUCUCGCGCACAAACGAGACAGAGAGUGAAAGAUGUUUCAAAGCAGAGUGUUUGCAUCAAUCUUGAAGAGAAACAGAGGAGGAGGAGGAUGAUCUAUCAUCAACAACUCAAUCACUAAUCUCAAAGGAACAAAAACAACACCUUUCAAUCACUCGAGGGACAUUCAUCAACAGCAAAACCCAUCAUCAAGAUCCUUCCUUUACGGCUUUAAAUCACUCCCCAGGGGUUAUAACUAUCAGUUUGUGCCAUCAUCAAUGAGGAAAAUGUCAACUGUAGCUGCUUCUGUUGGGAGUGAAAGUAAAGAGGGUCUUAGGUUGCUUGUGAAGGGAGGACCUAAAGCUCAAAAAUUGGUGGGUAUAUGGCUAUUUGGCUCUGCUGCUUGGGUUUUUAGUAUGGUGAUUCCUGGUGGUGCUACAAGGUUAACAAGGUCUGGUCUUUCAAUGACUGAUUGGAAAUUUACUGGUGGCCUUCCUCCUUUAUCAGAUGAAGACUGAUUGAUUGAGUUUGAGAAGUAUAAGCAAUCACCUGAGUAUAAAAUGGAUGAGUGUUGAUGAUUUCAAGUUUAUUUAUUGGAUAGGAUAUGCGCACCGCAUGCGGGGAAGGGGAUUGGGGAUCAUGUUUGCUUUGCCAUUUUCGUAUUUUCUGAGAAAAGGGUAUAUAACAGUGAGACUUGGAGCUAAACUUUGUGGUCCUUUUGCUCUUGGUGCUGGCCAAGGUUUAAUUGGUUGGUGGAUGGUUAAGAGUGGUUUAGAGGAGCCAGCAUCUGAAUAUGCUCAGCCAAGAGUAAGCCCUUAUCUUUUUGCAGCCCACCUUACUUCGGCAUUUGUUAUCGAUAGUGGGCUUUUCUGGACUGCUCUUUCUGUUGUAAUGCCUGAACCUCCUACUGAAUCUUUAGCUUGGGUUCGUGGGGCGGAAAAAGUCAAGAAGCUUGCCCUUCCUGUAAGCCUUAUUGUUGGGAUUACUGCCAUCUCAGGAGCAUUUGUUGCCGGAAAUGAUGCUGGGCAUGCAUUUAACACUUUUCCAAAGACGGGUGAUACAUGGAUUCCUGAUGAUAUAUUUGAUCUGAAGCCAGUAAUUCACAACUUUUUUGAAAAUACAUCGGCAGUGCAGGAUCCACCCAUAUGAGGGGAAAAGUGGGACUGCAUUCUUUGUUUGAAAUUCUUGUAUUAAGGAAGCAAUUGGAGUUCAAUUAAUUUGCACUUGGCUGCUAUUCUGGAGAGCUCUGCCUCCACCUCUGGGUUCCCUCUCAGGUAUCGUUACUGUAUGCUGCUCUUAACAUUACGAGACAUGCAUAUUUAUAGACUGAGAGAGUUCAGCACAUGAAUUUUCUGUAUUCACCGACUGAAAAUCCAGUCUUGGUUAACAUUAUUUCUCACAAUUUUGACUUGCAAUUUGUGAUUACUUACAUAAAAUAAUGAAACACGUUAACUCCCCUCUCGGCUCAUCUUCUUUAGCUUUGCGAGGCGAGACUUUCCCUCUACACAACUGGUGUGGGGCAACCUUAAUGCAUGAGUUGCUGUGCUUCAAAGUUAUGUCUGGUUACUGCCACCUUGUCUAUUAUUUUUGUUUUAAAUUGAUAAAUAAGAUUAUUUGUAUUCGA